AUGUUGACACCCGCCAACCCUAUUUCAUCCAGCAUACCUUGGGGUGCAACGGAUAACUCUUGUACCCGCUCCUCUGUGCUGGUUUCUACUAAAAAACGAAAGAUAGCGUCAGACGAUCAAAAUAAUGGAAAUCCAAAGCAUCUGGAACGCCUUCACAACCUAGAAAAGGCAAUUACUGAACACCUCUCGACAGGAAAAUUUUUUAUCGUUGCUGCUGCUCUCCGCUGCAUCGAGGAAGAAAGACUAUUUUAUCCAGAACGAACAGUUUACUCGUAUGCAAAAUCACGAUUUGGUUUUAGUCGACGCACCACAAACACAUAUCUAUGCUCUAGUUAUGUGUACGAAUCCAUCACCGAAGACAAAACAUUACCAAUCCCUGUCAAUAUAUCCCACGUCCGCUCUCUUCACAAAUACCCUCCAGAAGUGCGCCGACAAAUUUGGAAGCAGUUGAACGACAGCGGUUUAACAAUAACCGAAGAAAAUGUGGUAGCCAUGACAAUUAAAUAUGAAACGGGUGUAUCGUUUACUGAACUGAAUAAUGAGCUAUAUACCCCAAAAGCAAUUAUUAUGGCAGCAAAAAAAGUCAUUGAGAAAAAACAGUUUGAUCUUGAUCCGGCUAGCUGUGCGUUUGCUAAUACCUUGCACGGUGAUACCAUUGCCAACACGAUUUACACAGAAGCAGAAGAUGGUUUACAAAAAAUAUGGAAUGGUCAUGUUUGGCUUUCUCCUCCAUCUGGCAUAGAUGAAGCUGGUCUAAUCCGUAUGAAAAAGUGGUUUCUGGCAGCAGAGUCCAAAUAUCUUGCUGGUGAAAUUGUAUCAUGCCAUAUUUUACUUCGUGUGGAUAUGCAGAAUGACUGGUUUCUUCGAGCUCUAUACUACCCACACUGUUUCUUCCAUGAGCGUAUCCAGUUUUCCACACCAACGGGAAGGGAAAAAUUGCUAACUGACUCGCAUAUGCUUGUUUAUAUGGGUACCAAUACAGAAAGGUUUUGUAUUCAGUUUGCCCAGUUGGGAUCUAUUCCUGGAUAUAGUUCUUGGAGUUUUGCUCCUUCAAAAAACAAAAAAACUGAGAGUGAGUCUCAACAUAGCACAAGCGAUUAUCUUGAAAAUAAGAGCACCAAAGAGCUGCAACAGUCACAUUUAGCCAGUUUUUCUCCCAAUAUAGUAGAGAUGUGUCCUUCAAACCAUAUGCAGCCCACCUUUGCUCAUACUGCUUGUGCAGCCGCGGCACAAAAUGUUUCUGCUGCUCAAACCUACAAUGGCCAUCAGUUUGCUAAUACAUACCAGAUGAACUAUUCAUCGCAGCCUGCAUACUCUCCCCAGUUUCAUGAAUUUUCUACGCAUCAAUUUUCCAUACCUCAUGCGACUUCAAAUAAUCAACUGGGCCAUAUGAGCAUGCCUAUUAUCAAUCCUUCUACAAGUCUAUUUCUUCGGUACAAUCAUCCAGUUGGCGAUUUUUCCGAGUCUGUGAUACCCUCAGUACAUCAAUAA